GUCUGGACUUGAUGAUUCAAAGUAAGAGAUUAAGGACAUGGAAUUGAUGGCUAUUAGAAACGAUGAGUAGGAUAAGCAUGGAGAAGAAGAAGAACGUUGGUGAUCCUUAAACAGGUGUCCUAAUGGAUGCUGGAAGGUUUCCUGCUACUGCUCGUUCCCAAGUUGGAGAGCCAGGUUUUGCCGCCGGUAGCUCCACGUCCGCUCUGUGCAUCCCAAUUUGCUCUGGCCAGCUACGCUUGCUCACUGAUUCCAUUCACCCCAUUACCCCCUGAGCCUCCAUCUCCUCCAUCCCCUCCCGAUUUCCUCGGACACAGCCAUGGACAUGGCCACGGCCACAGACACGGACAUGGUCAUAGACAUGGACAUCGGCAUAGACACCGUGAGUCGCCAGCAGAAGAAAGUUGCUGCCGGUGGUUGAAGCAGCUGGACAGCCAAUGUGUGUGUGACGUGCUGGUUCACUUGCCCAACUUCCUGUCCAGGCCUGCGCAUGAGUAUUCCGUUAUUGUUGGUGAUGCAUGCGAUGUCACUUUCUCAUGUGAAGGGCGGGCCAUCAGGAUUUGAAUAAAAAGCAAGCAAUCAAUCCUACUUUCUGACUAAUGGCCGUUGAUUAGACAGUGAUAGUGCAGGAUGAAAUUACGCUUUACCUUAUUUGAUCUGUUAUGUUUGGGUUUGUGGAUUAGGAUUAAGUUUCGGGUUUUCUUUUGCGUUUGUUUUAGCUACUUGUAAUAAUUUUGAGCAUUCAAAAUAAAAUUAGACUUCUUACA